UUGGUAAUUCUAGAGAUAGAGAGAGAGUGAUGGAGAUUAGUACUCAACACAGUCUCUUAGAGGAAUUGAUAAUCGAUUCAUCUUUCUCAACCGAAUUCUUCCAAAACACUUGGAACUUCGCUCAAUCCCCAGAUUUUUACGUGCCUUCCACCAAUCCUUCAUUCAUGGACCUCAUCUCGCCGCCGGAAUUCGGUAAUCCUUUCCCCUUUUUCGAUGCCCUAACUUCGCCGGAGUUGGGCUCCUUGGACGAUCCGCCGCCAAUGUCGAUUCACGAUGACUACGCGGCGGCGACAAUGGAAGUGAAUACACAAAUUAGCGGCGAGAGGAAGAGCAAAUCGAAGAAACCGCAGGGGCAGCCGUCGAAGAAUCUGAUGGCGGAGAGGCGGCGCCGGAAGCGGCUCAACGAUCGCCUAUCCAUGCUCCGGUCGAUCGUACCGAAGAUUAGCAAGAUGGAUAGGACGUCUAUACUGGGUGACACCAUUGAUUACAUGAGAGAGUUGCUUGAUAAGAUUCAUAAGCUAAGGGAAGAAGGCGUGGAUUCGAAAGUGAUGGAGCACCAAAUGCAGCUCAGGAACCCUCCCAAGUUUGAGGUAGAAAGGAGAAGCGAGGAUACUCGAAUCGAGGUGUGUUGCACUGCGAAACCGGGGUUAUUGCUGUCUACUCUUGCCACACUCGACACUAUAGGCCUCGACAUACAACAAUGUGUAAUUAGUUGUUUCAACGAUUUUUCUCUCCAAGCUUCUUGUUACGAGGAUGCUGAGCAACGAGCAAUGGUGAGUUCUGAAGAUGUAAAGCAGGCAUUGUUCACAAAUGCAGGCUAUGGUGGGAGAUGCCUCUAGAGGAAUGAGUGUGUAUUGUUGCGUUUGGGAGUUCUUUUAUCUGGAUCAUUAUUUGCGCAUCGAAUAUUGAAUUAUUUAAAUGCGAUCUGGAGUUUGCUCUCAUCCUAUCGACACGUGUCAGAGUAUCAUUAUUCUAUGAGUAGCAUAUUCGCCACAUUUGGGAAUCACAAAUGUUUUGCUAGUGUGUGGAUCUGAAGUUUAUUUAGUACUCCUCCUAGCCUGAGGUAUUUCUUUGCAUAAAAAAAAGUAUAAUAUAUAAAACAAAAAAGAUAAUAAAGUUGAAAAAAUAGAGAUAAUAAAGUAAGAGGAAAGAAAAAAAUAAGAGUGAAAAGUUACUUUUUAUUAAAAGAGAGAAUGACUCUACUGUUAUAAAACGUCCAAAAUAAAAAAAAAUAUAAUUCUACUAAUA